CAAAGAUAGAAGGUAGUUGACCGGUAUACUUUACGGCGAACAUGCAUUACCCCUCUUAUGAUCACAAAUGACGUCACUCCCUUAGGUGAAUAUAUCAGGAUGUAUCGGACGACGCGGUUGAAAAUAACGGAUUUAAACCCACAUCUAAAGUGUGUACUCUGUGGCGGCUAUUAUGUGGACGCUACCACAAUUAUAGAAUGUCUGCAUUCAUUUUGCCGGACGUGUAUCUUGCGUUACCUGGAGACAAGUAAAUUUUGUCCGAUCUGUGAUGUCAUGAUCCAUAAAACGCGACCCGUCACAAACAUACGGGCGGACAAGACCUUACAAGAUCUCGUUUACAAAUUGGUGCCUGGGCUGUAUAAAAACGAAAUGAAGAGAAGGAGAGAGUAUUACGUGAAACACCCAGAUGAUGUAAAGAGAAUCCGCUUGUCGGGAGAGGCCGUAGGUAAUGAGGCAAAGGACCGCGUGAUUUACACAGAAGAUGAGCGAAUUAGUGUCAGUUUGGAGUUAAGUACAGGUGGCGUCGAUAAAAUACCAGAAAAAGCGGAUUCCAACCCGAGAGUGGACAUCCGUUAUCUCCAGUGCCCGGCAGCCGUCACAGUAUCACACAUUAAAAAGUUUGUCAGACUGAAGUACGAUUUGUCACCAUUAUAUAAGAUUGACAUUUUCCACAGCGACGAGGCGCUAAAAGACGAUCUCACCUUAAUGGAUAUAGCUUACAUAUACACGUGGAGACGACGUGGACCCUUGAAGCUUUACUACUGCGUGUACGAGAAUGGGGUGAAGAGAGUGCGGCUUGAGUGUACGGAACGCGAUUUGUCGGAUGGGACCCAGCCGUUAGUGCGAGAGAGGGGUCGGGGACCUGACGUAGUCGAGGGUUCGGCAGCGAAGAUUCAACCUGCGAGGGGAGAAAAGCCGGGCGUGAGGAGCAGUGAAGAGAAACAAAAGGUUAAAGACGUUACCGAAACACGACCCCAUGAGCAGAAAGACACAGAGGAGAAGCAAAAGAAGCCGAUAGAAAAGGACGACCUUGCCAAAGAGGUGACAGAGAAUAAUCCAGUUAUUAAAAAGAAGGCCGAUAAUGAGGAGAAAGCCGAUGGCGCUAACCCUGGCACUUCUAAUACGGUACGCGUGAAAGAGGAACAGACGGUGGAGAAGGAGCGGGCAGGCAAAGGCAAUGAUAAAAGUGCUCCCGAGUCCAAUCCGCCAGUCAACACCAAAGACCCAGUGACAAACGGUACGGGAAAUGGAAUGAAAGACAAUUCUGUCGUGUCCAGCGAUAAAUCGAACAACACCGCGGACAAACAACAGGCGUCUGAGAUCAGCGGUGCUCAGAAAUCCGUCAAUGGCCGAGAGGUCUCUGGUAACGAUGACAGUGUUCCUCCGAAGUCAGAGUCGAACUCUAAAGACAAAGCUGACAAAGCAGCUUCUAAUGGACUAGUGAUUAACAAAUCUUCAAAUGUGAAAGACAAGCCUAGCCCCAAAACUGUGGCACCUUCACAAGUUAAAAAAGAUAAAAAGACGAAGCGGAGCUUAGACGAUAGCGUGGCGAAGUGUAAAGCCAGGGGUGAACUAGCUCUUCAGGCCAAUGGGAAUACGCAACGAAUCAACAAUGGCGGUACGGGAUAAGGGGCCAAUCAGAAAGUUGCACGUGCUCGUCGCGUGCGCUCUGAAUGACAUGUGGGGCGGGGCAUCUUUUAUUCUCGUCAGCCUGCCUGUCGUUCCCAAACAUGUAAACGAGAAAUAUUUGGCUUUGCGAAGAAGCCUUGUUUGUUCUUUGAUCGGAGUUGAACUCCCAACACAUCGGCUCAUCCGUCGUUGUAGUGUUUCAUUGCUACCAUGAUAUUUUGAAAAACUCGAUGUUCGAAAGGAUGUCAUGACUAGUGGCAUUUAGGAUGACUCGAUAAAUUUACUGCCAUCCACAUACAACCAACGUUUGCAGCAGUUUCAUAGUGGGGGAAAAUGAGGCAAUCUCUGUUUUGCAUUUAAUAAGGUGAUCACAAAAUUAGAUACGGCACGACCUGUUUUAUCAGACUGUAACAGGAAGAAGUUUGGUUCUUGUGCCUUGAAUGAUUAUUUAUUUCUUACAAAAUCAAGUGAAAGUUGUGCCGGAAUGUUUGUACAGCUUCUGAAACGAAUCCAAAUUUGUACAAAGCGUCAGGGGCGUUAACACGUUGCGAUUUGUCGCUUCGAGUCGUCGAAAUGGACAAGUCUAGAAAGUCUGUAUUUCAUAAGCGAUUUGUCGAAUUAUGUGGAAUAGCCUUUGUCAUAUUUUCUUUUCUGCGAAUUCGAAAUUACAUCUGAAUUUUAUACGGCUGAGUUUGAUAUCUGGUAUAAACAAAUGAAGUGUUUGUGACUCCACGUAUUACUAGGGAAAAGCUGUCAACUGUGUGACCUAAAAGCAUAGCAUAUUACUUCAGCAUUUAUGAGAAAGGCGACUAGUUGAAUUGCAUUUAAGCUGUUGCUUUAUUUCUUCUAACGCAACAAGUUUUAUUUUACAUUUUCGUUACACUUUUUUUAUCAUGACGCACACAGUUUAGUCUCAGUAUUGCUUUUUGUUUCGUGUUUAGUUGGCCAGGUAUCAAGCCUGUAUCACUAUUAACCGCUCAUACCCAGUGCAUACCACGAAAUAUAUUAGAAUAUUUCUCCAUAAAUAAAUUUUUUGUUUGUUGAAAGAGCCUAUCUUGCCCAGUAAAUAACGUUUAUUUUGCAUCCUGUGACAUGAGAAAUACCUCAGAACAAUGUUAACCGCUAAUCACUGUGAGUGUAUAUAUAUUAUAUCAGCAAACCAUACCGGCGAUACCAACAUAACAUACAUACCUGUGUUAUACGUUUGCUGUUUUGUUGGGCGACAUCGGAAGCUGACGUGGCCAUGCAUGGUGAUGUCAUUCAGAUCAGGGUUUGGUACAUUUUUGAUGGGAUGGGUUCGUUUUCUCCAGAAUAGCUCUUCUCAGACCAACAAAGCUAUUAGAUUUCAUUGGUGGUCAUGUGCGGUCAUGAUAAAAUAUAGUUUCUUGAUACUGAAACAGCAUCUGGUGCUAUACCCAGUUGUGCGCAUGACACUAUACCCAGUUGCGCGCAUGACGAAUCAUUACAAAUUGCACCUGCUUUACGCUGUAUUUCUUCGUACAACAAUCUUGUAUAGGCUUCAUUUUGUUUCAGUGCUGUUAAAUGAUGUGUACGUAUCAUUAAUUUGCUUGACUUAUUUGCUUGCAGUAGCUGUAAAUAUCAACUGUGCUAGAGAAUAAACAUUUCGUGAGC